CCUGCCACCGGAAGUGCCAGUACGAGGUGCGGUGUCACGAUUUGCGCCUGCUGUCUCUCAUUUAUUUCCAAUAAUGAUAGGUUUGGUCCUCCAUUUUAAUCAUCCCAGCUCCUUUGUGUUUAUUCGGCUUUAGUUUGACCCAUUUUCUUUUCCUCUCGUGAGCUAAAUAUCAUCUAUAAACCUGCUAAGGUCCGUGUGCGCGCGAGCCCUCCUGCUUCAGCGCCAUAACUGUAUUCCUCAUCAGACACCAGAGUUACUGGAAUAUGAAGGCAUUUCUUGUCGCACUGUUGCGAUUUUAAAACACCACAAGAUUCCGGAAAGGACGCUUUGACCCCAGGAAACGUGCGUCAGAGGUCGGCCAUCAGCCGGAAUGAAACGGUGUCAGUGAGGAUUAUUACUUUAUCCCCAGAGUGACUCUAGGUUGGUGUGGAUCUGUAGGCUGGUGGCAUGGAGUGGGCGUUUUGUGGCAGCAACAAGAAUCUCACGCCCUAUAAAAUCGAGGGUAACGUUCUGAACAAUGGCUGCUUCGUGGAUGCCCUUAACUUGGUUCCCCACGUGUUCCUGCUCUUCAUUACCUUUCCCAUCCUUUUCAUUGUGCUCUUCAUUUACUGGGUGUUGGCAUUCAUCACAAAGUCCAUAAAGCUGUGGAAGUUUGCAGAAUUCACUGUUGGACCGCGGCACCUGAGGUUCUGCAUCACAGCUCUGUUGGUGAUCCUGUAUGGACUUCUGAUGGCCGUGGAGAUCAACGUCAUCCGAGUCCGGAAAUACGUAUUCUUUACCAACCCUCAGAAGGUGAAACCACCAGAAGAUUUACAGGAUUUGGGGGUUCGCUUUCUGCAGCCGUUUGUCAACCUGCUCUCUAAGGCGACAUAUUGGUGGAUGAAUCCUCUCAUUAUCGGAGCCCAUAAGAGGCCGAUAGAACUGAAGAAGAUUGGCAAGUUGCCCAUCGCCAUGAGAGCGCUCACCAACUACCUGCGACUCAAAGACGCCUACGAGGAUCAAAGGACACCUGAAGACCCAGAUCGACCCCCAUCGAUCUGGCGCUCCAUGUAUCGAGCGUUUGGCCGUCCCAUCCUGCUCAGCAGCACCUUUCGUUACCUGGCGGAUCUGCUGGGCUUCGUUGGACCUCUCUGUAUCUCUGGCAUUGUGAACAACCUGGAUACCAAAGAUAAAGUUGCUUCAGCAGAAAAGAUGAAGGAAACCUAUUUAGGAGUUUACUUCAUGUUCACCACUGAGCUUCUAAAGAACAGCUCAGUCCUGGCUGUCCUMCUGUUCUUGGCUUUAGUCCUGCAGAGGACCUUCCUGCAGGCCUCAUACUACGUCACCAUUGAGACGGGCAUCAACCUGCGAGGAGCUCUGCUGGCGAUGAUUUACAACAAAAUCCUGCGUCUGUCCACCUCCAACAUGUCGAUGGGGGAGAUGACACUAGGCCAAAUCAACAACCUGGUUGCCAUAGAAACCAACCAGCUGAUGUGGUUCCUCUUCCUCUGUCCCAACCUCUGGGCUAUGCCCGUCCAGAUUGUGAUGGGAGUGAUUCUGCUCUACUACUUAUUGGGUUGGAGCGCCUUGGUCGGCGCCUCGGUUAUUGUUCUGUUGGCUCCGGUUCAGUACCACAUAGCUACAAAGCUGGCAGACACACAGAAAAGCUCACUAGAGCACUCCACGGAUCGGCUGAAAAAGACCACAGAAAUCCUAAAGGGUAUAAAGCUGCUGAAGCUCUACGCCUGGGAGGAUAUUUUCUGUGACAACGUGGAGCAAACACGAGGCAAAGARCUCACCAGCCUGAAGACAUUCGCCUUUUACACUUCCAUGUCCAUUUUCAUGAAYGCUGCUAUUCCCAUCGCUGCUGUUCUUGUGACAUUCGUGACGUACCACAUCAUUUAUGAAACCAGUCCCAAACCCUCUGAAGCCUUUGCAGCGUUGGCKUUGUUCCACAUCCUGGUUACGCCCCUCUUUCUGCUUUCCACCGUCGUCAGAUUUGCCGUGAAGGCCCUCGUCAGCGUCCAGAAGCUUGGCGAGUUUCUCCAGAGUGAUGAAAUCGGAGAAGACAGCUGGAGAAAUGGAGAUAUAUCUGUUUCCUUGGAUUCAGGGAAGAAACAUUUUGGGGUGACCAAAGCUAUCAACAGGAAGCAGCCGAUACGCUACCAGAUGGACAGCUACGAGCAGCCGAGCAGGCGGUCGGAGGAUGUGGCCGUAAAGGUGAGCAAUGGAUCAUUCACCUGGGGAAACAACCUGCUGACGCUGUCAGACAUCAGCAUGCGCAUCCCCACAGGUCAGUUGACGAUGAUCGUGGGUCAGGUUGGUUGUGGGAAAUCCUCCCUGCUGCUGGCCAUGUUGGGGGAGAUGCAAGCCAUCGAUGGACGGGUUUACUGGAGCAAUAAGAACAGAAACUCUGUGGCCUACGCUGCCCAGAAGUCCUGGCUGCUCAACGCUACAGUGGAGGAAAACAUCACCUUUGGAAGCCCUUUCAACAAACAAAGGUACAAAGCAGUGAUUGAUGCGUGCUCUCUUCAGCCCGACAUCGACCUGCUGCCYUAUGGAGAUCAAACUGAGAUUGGGGAGAGGGGCAUUAAUCUGAGUGGAGGUCAGAGACAGAGAAUCUGUGUGGCUAGAGCUCUUUACCAGAACACCAGUAUUGUCUUCUUGGACGAUCCGUUCUCAGCCCUGGAUAUCCACCUGAGCGAUCACCUGAUGCAAGAAGGAAUCCUCAAGUUUCUUCAAGACGAUAAGCGAACAGUGGUUCUUGUCACCCAUAAAUUGCAGUAUCUUAUACAUGCAGACUGGAUCAUAGCGAUGAAAGAUGGCUCAGUGCUUAGAGAGGGAACCCUGAAGGACAUACAGACUCAUGACACAGAACUUUAUGAUCACUGGAAAACUCUGAUGAACAGGCAUGACCAGGAGCUGGAGAAGGACAUUCAGCAGGACAGUCAAACAACACUUGAAAGGAAAACCCUGAGGAGAGCAUUCUACUCCAGAGAGCCCAAGAAUCAAAUGGAUGAUGAAGAUGAAGAGGAAGAGGAGGAGGAGGAAGAUGAUGAUCAUUUAUCCUCCACUACCAACAGACGAUCAAAGAUCCCUUGGAAGGUGUGCUGGUGUUACCUGUCCUCUGGUGGCUUCUUCAUGGUCUUCCUGAUGAUUUCCUCGCAGUUCCUCAAACACUCUGUCAUUGUUGCUAUUGAUUACUGGCUGGCUAAAUGGACCUCCAAAACCAAUCAGAGUACAAACCCAGGGUCAGACAUGAACAAUGGAACCAUGUUUGCUGACAGCAGCAACAUAACAGUUCCUCCUCCUGGUCUUCAGGAGGCUGAGAAUGACUCGUACCAUCUGCCCGUUUUUGUCAUCCUGUGCGCUGCUGGGAUCACUUUGUGCCUCAUCACCUCCCUCUCUGUGGAGUUUCUGGGCCUUUCUGCAGCCACCAACCUGCAUCACAACCUGCUCAACAAGAUAAUCCACGCUCCCAUCAGGUUUUUUGACAUCACUCCUUUGGGACAGAUCCUUAACAGAUUUUCAGCUGAUACAAACAUCAUUGAUCAGCACAUCCCUCCAACACUGGAGUCUUUGACCAGAUCCACACUUCUGUGUUUGACUGCCAUCGGGGUCAUAGCUAUAAUCACACCGGCAUUUCUUGUCGCCUUAGUUCCCCUCUCUGUGGCUUUCUACUUCAUUCAGAAGUAUUUCCGGGUCGCUUCCAAGGACCUCCAAGACCUUGACGACUCAACACAGCUGCCUUUGCUCUGCCACUUCUCUGAGACUGCAGAAGGUYUGACCACCAUCAGAGCAUUCAGACACGAGGCGCGAUUUAAACAGCGGAUGUUGGAGCUGACUGACACCAACAACACAGCCUACCUGUUUCUGUCUGCCGCUAACCGCUGGCUGGAGGUCCGAACGGACUAUCUGGGAGCGGUGAUUGUGCUGACAGCAGCUGUAGCAUCAAUAUGGAUUUUACCAAAUAGUAAUAGUGGCCUGGUGGGCCUUGGCCUCACAUACGCUCUCACUGUCACUAACUACUUAAACUGGGUUGUGAGGAACAUGGCCGACCUGGAGGUCCAGAUGGCAGCUGUGGAGAAGGUCAACAGCUUCCUCAGCACAGGGUCUGAGAACUACGAGGGGUCUAUGGACACGUCUCAGGUCCUUGAGAACUGGCCUCAGGAUGGUGAGAUAAAGAUCCAGGACCUGUGCGUGCGCUAUGAUCCCUUUCUCAAACCGGCGCUGAAACACGUCAACGCCUACAUCAAACCAGGCCAGAAGGUGGGGAUCUGUGGCCGUACGGGCAGUGGGAAGUCGUCUCUGUCGUUGGCCUUUUUCAAYAUGGUGGAUAUUUUUGAAGGAAAGAUCGUCAUUGACGGCAUCGAUAUCUGUAAGCUCCCUCUGCAGACUCUCAGGUCUCGACUCUCCAUCAUCCUCCAGGAUCCGGUCUUAUUUAGCGGCUCAAUAAGGUUUAAUCUGGAUCCAGAAAGGAAGUGCACCGACGAUCGCCUGUGGGAGGCGCURGAGAUCGCUCAGCUGAAGAACAUGGUGAAGGCGCUCCCUGGAGGACUYGAUGCGACAGUGACGGAAGGCGGGGAGAACUUCAGCGUUGGACAGAGGCAGCUGUUCUGUUUGGCCAGAGCCUUCGUUAGAAAGAGCAGCAUCCUCAUCAUGGAUGAAGCCACAGCAUCUAUAGACAUGGCCACGGAAAACAUCUUACAGAAGGUUGUGAUGACGGCGUUCUCAGACAGAACAGUCGUUACGAUCGCACACCUGGUGUCCUCUAUCUUGGAYGCAGAGCAGGUGCUGGUCUUCUCUUCUGGGAUCUUGGUGGAAUGUGACUCCGGUCCUAACCUUCUGGCUCAGGAGGAGAGCCUCUUCAGUGUGUUAGUGAGGACUCACAAGUAGACCUGGACCUGCUCAGACCUCUUUGGCUUGGCUCGACUCUCUCUAUCCACUUGUUUCUGUUUUCUUUUCCCCCACUUCUCCCUCCGGCUGAGUCAGAGCUGGAGUCUGGGUCUGGGUCUGCUGAAAGCCUUACUGCCACUGACUGCCUGGUUGGUACCAAAUAAACUCCUGCAUGCUCCUUUCUACUGUUACAUAUGUGAAGUUACAAAUGUCUGCAGUCUCUGAUGUUGCAUCACUGGUAAAAAUUCAGUUUAAAAUAAAACUAGCAUAAUGCCUUCAGUUUGAAUUUAAGAAUAAAAUUACAGCCUUCACUGUAGAGCAGAGACCUUUACCAUAAACCAUGAUUAGUGGCUUAUCAAGAUAACUUUGGCUUCAGUUAUUUUUCUUUUCUAUACCAUAAUGCUGGUUCUUUUUAAAUAUUGAUCAAUUGUUGUGGCUAUAGAUCUUGACAAAUAGGUUGGUUUUAUAUAAAUAUGUUUGUCAUGUYUUUCACCAUCACCAGUUGACAAGUUUACAGCCAGCUUCAUGGUAUCACUAAAGCCCCUUAAGGUUYUGUUAGGACCAGUUAACUCAGUUGUUAGCUAAAGUUGGUUUCACAAAAGGAAUAAUAAGCAUUUAGGAUGGAUUGAUGGAUGCAUGAAUAGAUAGAUACAUUGAUGAAUAGAUAUGGGUGGAUGGAUA